UGACGUCAUUUAUGGACGGCCCCUUUCCUGUUAAUGCAAGACUCCUACAGUCGUAACGUACCCUGCUCAUUCUGGUAUGGGGAUGCAUGUGCGAUUUAAGUUGCACCUUCGCCAAGUCUAAAUGUGUCGAUUUUACGCAAGGCGGCAGUACUACUAGAUGCGGCGCACAGGAGGACAGAGAAGAACAAGCUUCUACUACAAAAGAACAAUGUCCCCCGUAUAGCCUUUAAAGACCCUUGGGGCAAGUGCUCGUCACAAACACCUAUGAAGGCCGACACGGCACACGAGGAGUUAGCCAGCACCAUGCCCGGCCGCCCUUGUCUCCUGCGAGGCAAUGUUUACCACAUACCGCACCAGGUACUCAUUUGAUGCUAAGUCGACCUUGGUGAGGCCCAGGACCGGUUCAGAUAAUCGUCACUGGUGUUGGCCAUGAGCGGGAAUCUAACCUCGAUCACCGGGUUUGUGGCGCUGCGCUACUGUUCCACGCGCUACAUACACAGACCACAGACACAUACACAGCAUAUGUACAUACUUGCAGCAAUGCUUUGUUAUACACUGUCAAUACACUUGCUCACUCGCACCGAAUACCAACACACAACACAUACACGCAGAAUUUACAUAAAUAUACCCUUUCAUUAAUACUCGCAUAAACAUGCUCUAUUAUGCACGCGCUCACACAACACAAACACACAUCAUGUGGUAUAUACAUUUUUAACAAAGUAUAUAUCUUUGAAGACUCUGUACUCUACAUGUACACACACCGUAAACGCAUCAUAUACAGAAUAUACUGUUCCAUCAUUACUCUUGUAUACACGCUGUGUUAAACACAUCUCACACAUGACCUGCCAGCACAUGGCACAUCACGUGUACACCCUGGAGUUAAUGGUAUCUUAUAGACAGGCUCACUCAUACAUAGAACCAAGACACGCAGCACACAAACAGUUUGAUGUAUACUCUUGCUUUAAUAGAGUACACACUGGUCAUUGCAUACCAACACACACAAAAGACAAUAACAAACGUCACGUGUAUGUCUCAACAUUACUAGGCUGUUCUUUUACACACGCCGUGUUGCACAUCUCCACUCGCACAACACUGCCUACACACACACGACAUACACACACCAUACGUAAACACUUCCAUUAAAACUCUACUAAUCACGCUGACCAUUUCACAACACACACACACAAUAUACACACAACCUUGCAUUAACACACUGUGUACCAGCGCACAACACAUACCAUUUACACACGCAGCAUAUAAACUGUAUAUCCUUACUUGAAUACAUGUUGACCAGUCCAUAUAGUGUACUACUUAUACACAGCGUAUAAUUUACAUUUUCAUUAAUACCCUUAUCAAACACGCUGACCACUACAUGCACACAUAGCUCACGCUCACAGUAUAUGUACUUGAAUGAGUACUCUAUUAAACACGCUGACAACCGCAUACCAGCACGCAACACACGCAACAACACGCACACGUGUCCUCUGUGCGCGUGUCACCAUCGCGAACAUCACACGCAGCGCGCUCGGGGGUUCAACCUCGGCAGCACCGCCAAGCGAACGCCUCUCGUGCGCGGUCUUAACAACACAGAGCGUGCACUUGUGUUCAUUGCAAGAUUUACAACGCACCGAGCGUUGUCUCUCUCUCUCUCUCAUCACUUCAAAGCAUCGCAUCCGAAGAGCGGCCAUGUGCGUGCCGGGAUGGUAGAAAUCUGCAGAAGCUCCCGCUGGACGUGGGCGCGUUAAUGCCCCGAUCGGUCCAGGACGCCGUGCCUUCCCUCUCUUCCCUCGUCUGUCCGGCCGAGCCAUGCGGUGUUUCCCCUUCUUUCUGCUGCUGCCAGAGUCGCUCAAGCGGAGCCGCAAGCCUCCGAGAGAAGAGGGGACCUCCACCAAGGAGCUGCCGCCUGUGCCGAGCCGGCCCUGGGACCAGGACGGUCCCUGGGACCAGGACGGGUCCUGGGAGCGAACCAUGGCGGCGGACGUCGGAGGCAACGGCAAGAAGGCGCAGCAGAGUGCCGGUGGGAAGGCGGAGAUAGCUGGAGUCGAACCGGGACAGGCCAACUGGCAAGCUCAGCGGGCCACAGUGCGAGAACGGAACGCUAUGAUGUUUAACAACGCGCUCAUCUCAGAUGUCACCUUUGUGGUGGGGCCUCAGGGAGCCAGCCAGCGCAUCCCCGGACACAAGUACCUGCUGGGGGUGAGCAGCUCGGUGUUCUAUGCCAUGUUCUAUGGAGAGCUUGCCGAAGAGAAGUCUGAAAUUGUAAUUCCUGAUGCAGAGCCACCUGCCUUCCUCGCCAUGUUGAAGUACAUCUAUUGCGACGAGAUGGAUCUGGACGCCGACUCGGUGCUGGCCACGCUGUACGUCGCCAAGAAGUACAUGGUGCCACACCUGGCACGAGCGUGCGUCUCCUUCCUCGAGACGAGCUUGACGGCACGCAACGCCUGCGUGCUGCUGGCCCAGAGCCGCCUCUUCGAGGAGCGCGAGCUCGCGGACCGCUGCUGGGAGGUGAUCGACGCGCAGGCCGAGCUGGCGCUGCGCUCGGAGAGCUUCUGCGAUGUCGACCUGGAAACGCUGGCGGCGAUCCUGUCGCGCGAGACGCUCAACGCGGCCGAGACGGUCGUUUUCGAGGCGGCUCUCGGCUGGGCCGCAGCAGAAUGCCGGCGAUCGGUGGCGACGCCGACGCCCGGGAACAUGCGCUCGGCGCUGGGCAAGGCACUGCACCUGCUGCGCCUGCCCGCCAUGCCCCUGAGCGACUUCGCCGACGGGCCCGCGCAGUCGGGCGUGCUGGACGCCCGCGAGACUCUCGACGUGUUCCUGUGGCACACGGCGCGCGGCAAGCCCGAGCUGCCCUUCCCGACGGCGCCCAGGCGGGGGCUGCAGCCGCGCCGCUGCUGCCGUUUCCAGAGCUGCACGUUCCGCAGCAACCAGUGGCGCUGCCACGGCCGCUGCGACGCCGUGCAGUUCUCGGUGGACCGCCGCAUCUUCCUGGGCGGCUUCGGCCUCUUCGGCUCGAGCGGCACGCGUACCGAGUACGCGGCGCGCGUCGAGCUGAAGCGCGGCGGCACCGUGGUGGCGCACAGCACGAGCCGCUUCACGGCGGACGGCACGCCGGCCACGUUCCCCGUGUACUUCGAGCACCCCGUGCAGGUGGAGCCGGACGCGUUCUACACGGCCAGCGUGGUGCUCGACGGACCCAGCCUCAGCUACUUCGGGCAGGAUGGCCUGACCGAGGUGCAGUGCGAGGGCAUCGCCUUUCAGUUCCAGUGCUCGUCCGACAGCACCAAUGGGACGGGCGUGCAGGGGGGACAGAUCCCCGAGCUAAUUUUCUACAGCUGAUGAGACUGCGGGCACGCCAGCACGUACAAAGGUUUUAUUUGUCUUAUUUAUUUUUUGGACAUUAAAGCUGCUGCUGCUGCUUUAGGGGAGGCCUUGAUGUAACAGUGAAAUGGAAGUAGCUACCGCCUACUUCUGGGGAUGCUACUGCUGUUCUCAGCGGGUAGUGGUGACGGUGAUGAAGCUGAGACUGUAUUGGGUGCAUGGGUCACGAAAAAGAAUUAGCUUUCCAAUUACCUUGUGAUGAUGGAAAUUGGAACGAUAAGAGGACCAGCACACUAUUGAGCACUUUCUAUAACAAAUGCCAAGACAUGUUGGCUGAUAAGCUUGUUGAGCAGGUAAGUACAGUGGUGCAGAGUAGGAGUGUUUCACUGAAAGCUGUUAAUACCUGGUUAUGCAAUACAUUUGCUCCAACUGGAAAAAAUUACACGCUUACAAAAGGAGCAAGGGUUAAAGUGUUCCGGCAAGAGUAUGAUGUGCGCGAAUUAAUAUAGAGCCAGGGGUGUGUGAAGGUCAUCUUAGAGACAUUGCUUACUCCGCUGCAGGGGGGGAAGGUCUUCAUCUUUCGAGGGUCAUUUAGCUACUCAUUCACUUCAGUCUGACAGAUGGUAAGAGGGUGGGCUCCCCACAGUUCACCCUUAGAAACUGGCGUGGGCUCACUGUAGUGAAAUGGUUAUUUCACCACUGGGUGCAUGGAUACACCCUUGACCACAUCAGCAGGACUGUGCCCGAUCUCGUCAGAUCUCGGAAGCUCAUCAGGAUUUUUGAGCCUGGAUAAUUCUUGGGUUAAUGACCGCCAUGCACGCCGGGGUUUUCCCAAGUGGAUGUGGGGCUACUUAAACUAUAACUGAACUAUUUUUUAUUUUUUAUCAGGUACGGCCCACUGAGCUAUAUAGGUAUUUUUCAGAAGCGACCUGGCCACAAAUGAUAGCUCAACAAAGUGGCUUAUGUGGAAAUGUAUAG